UAUGAUUUCAUCUUGCCGUUUAUUUCAUCUUUGUCUUGGACCGGCAUUUUCCCACAACACCCCGCUGCUGCUCUUACAGAUGACGAAAAUGGCGGAUAGCUCGUCUUCGGUCGAGAUUGUCGAGGGCUGUCGCCUCCCCGUUCUUCGUAAAAACCAAGAACACGAGGACGAAUGGCCUCUCGCCGAAAUUCUAAGCGUGAAGGAGGUCUCCUCACGAAAGCUUUUCUAUGUUCACUACAUCGACUUCAACAAGCGCCUGGAUGAGUGGGUCACAGCAGACAGGCUGGACAUGAAGAAGCUUCAGUUCCCUAAGAAAGAAGCUAAAACACCAACCAAGAAUGGUCUGUCAGGAUCCCGCCCCAGUUCUCCUGAGAGGGAAGUGAGGAAGAGUCUAGAGCUCAACGUACAAUCUGCCACAGCUCCAUCCCGAGGCAAAACACUCCCCACACCGCUAUCGGGGCAUGCUGACCUGCAUGGAACUCCAGAGAUAAACAACCACGACACAAAAAAAGAAGAAGAAGUUUCAGUCGUGCAGAUCACAUCUGGAAGUGGUUUAACACUGAGUGUGUCCAAGAGUCUGUCCAGUGUUUGCACUGGACUUGACAAGCCACGCGUCAAGAAGAGGAAAGUAGAAGCCGUCCCCUUGGCGACUCAGGUAUCCCCGGUCACCCCCGUGCCCUCCCUGCCAGGUUCAGCUGAAGCCUCUCAGGCAUCUGUUUUUCCUGCUGCGAGGGAGACCAACACCUUCAAGACCCGGGAAGACCACGAACCGAUCUCCUUGCUUACAACGAACGGCACAGCCAGACGACUUAUCCCUACACAGCCCGGGAGAAAAAGGAAAGCUAACUGUGGAGGAGCUGACGAGAUGAUAAAGGUUUUGCAGUAUAACAAGCCUCAAAGUGCCAGCGUCUUUCUACCACCACCAGAGGUCUGAUCCCAGGACAGCUCUGAUGGCAUUCCCACUGCGCCCCGCAUGAGCAGUUUGGUAUCCGACCGCAGCCAAGACGACAUUGUCACCCGGAUGAAAAACAUAGAGUGCAUAGAGCUGGGACGUCACAGGCUGAAGCCCUGGUACUUCUCACCGUACCCAGAACUCACCACGCUGCCCAUCCUCUACCUCUGUGAAUUCUGUCUCAAGUACCUCAAGAGCCUGAAGUGUCUGCAGAGGCAUUUGACAAAAUGUAAUCUCAGACAUCCACCAGUCAAUGAGAUCUACCGCAAGGGCACCAUCUCGUUCUUUGAGAUUGACGGCAGGAAAAUAAAGUUAACAUAUUCCCAGAACUUAUGUUUACUUGCUAAGUGUUUCCUGGACCAUAAAACCCUGUAUUACGACACAGACCCUUUCCUCUUCUAUGUAAUGACUGAGUACGACUCCAAAGGGUUUCACAUAGUGGGCUACUUCUCUAAGGAAAAAGAGUCAACUGAAGAUUAUAACGUUGCCUGCAUCCUGACAUUACCUCCCUACCAGAGGAGAGGUUAUGGCAAAUUGCUCAUUGAGUUCAGUUACGAGCUGUCCAAAGUAGAAGGUAAGACGGGCACCCCUGAGAAGCCGCUCUCUGACCUGGGUCUUCUGUCCUAUCGCUCCUACUGGUCCCAGACCAUCCUGGAAAUUCUCAUGGACCUAAAACCUGACAACGGAGAGAGGCCGCAGAUUACCAUCAAUGAGAUCAGUGAGAUCACAAGUAAGAAAGAAGACGUCAUUUCAACCCUUCAGUACCUUAACCUCAUCAACUAUACAAAGGGUCAAUACAUCCUGACUCUUUCAGAGGACAUUGUUGAUGGUCAUGAAAGGGCGAUGCAGAAGAGACACUUGCGCAUUGAUCCAAAAUGUCUCCACUUCACACCUAAAGACUGGAGCAAGAGGGGCAAGUGGUAGAGUCCCUGGCCUGGUUCACUGUUUACCUUCUGUAAACCUGCAGAUGGUAGACUUAAAAACAAACUGUGGAUCAGGUAAAUGAUUUCAUCAUGACUGUCUCAAUGAAACAUGGAAACUUUUUUGAACCCACAAAAGGACUGCUCUUCAGGAAAAAAAGCAAAGAACACAACAUUUCACUUGGGAUCUGAAAGCUUUUAUUGUCAAUAUUCAUAAUGUUACGGGGUUUAAAAGGUUCUCAGCAUCUGAUUUUUAAAAAAAGAUCAGCGGUGACACUAACACAAAUAAAACACACCCACUUCUUUUGAUAGAUCCUGUUUGUGACAAUACAUUUAAACUGAGACAAGGUAACUGUUUAAAAGUGUAAAUUAAUUAAAAAAUUUGAAUAAGAUAA